UGUUGUGCACUGUUCCCUUGUUCUGAGCACUGCCCCAUUGUAUUAUACACUGUCCCAUUGUGCUGUGCACUGUCCCCUUGUGUUGUGCACUGUCCCCUUGUGCUGAGCACUGGCCCCUUGUAUUGUACACCUUUCGAUUGUGUUGUGCGCUGUCCACUUGUAUUGUGCACUGUCCCCUAG